AUGAGUGAUCCAGUUUGCAGUUAUUGUGACUCCUCUAUCAGUGCUAGAACAAAAAGUGUUAAAUGUGAAGGUUUUUGUGGAAAAUUUUUUCAUGCCGCUUGCCAGGGCUUAUCAGCUGAUGUAGUAAAAACCAUUGAAAAGAGAAACGGUUUGUCGUGGAAAUGUAAUCCGUGCCAAUCGUAUACCAGCGAAGUGCACGAGAUUCUAGAUGCUAGACUAUCCAGCUUGGUAAACGAAAUUCAUCAGCUAUUUUCUAGUGUUCGUUCAGAAAUUCUGGAGAUUGCCGUGAAAAAAAUGAGUACUGUUGAGUUACCUGAGAUCAAUGAUAAGAAAUCGUAUUCGGCUAUUACGAAAGGAAAAUCGGCAAUCAUCAUCAAACCUAAAGAUGCAACGCAAAAUACACAAGCCACUAAAGCUGACAUGCUUCAUCACGUGAAUCCAGUCGCAGAAAAUCUUCAGCUUUCCGGUGUCAAGAACGUAAAGAAUGGGGGGAUCCUAAUUGGUUGCAAUUCUGAUGACGACAAUCUCAAGCUCAAGAAAAUUGCUGUGGAGAAGCUUUCUGACAAGUACGAAAUCAAGGAGGUUGCUGGAUUCAGUCCUAGAGUACGGGUUGCGGGUAUGACUGAAAAACAAUCUGCGGAAAACUAUUAA